CCGGAAGCGACGACCUGAGGAGCUGAGCAUAAUUUUGUGUUCCAGUUUUCGGAAAAUAUUUUAUUCUUAAAUAAAGUUACAUAUCUGUUUAAUAGCUGUUUUACUAAGUGAUAUAAAGGCCUAUUUAAACAUACAAUGACCCAGCUCCUGUUCUGAAGGUACAACAGUUCUACAUCUUGUAAUGUAAUGAAGUUAAAGUAAAACCAAAGGAAUUCUGUGUAAAAUAAAUAAAUUAUGGCCCAAGAAACAGAUGGAUGUCUGGGGUCAAAGGUCACUGAGCUUCCUCUCCAGGCCACAGAUUCGUGUACAAACAUUUUGACAAAAGAAGAGAAGGAAAAACUGAAGAAUGACCGCGUUUUGGUGUCAGAAUUUAAGCAGCAGAAGUUGGAGGUUGAUGCUCAAAAAAACUGGGAUUUAUUUUACAAAAGGAACAGCACACACUUUUAUAAAGACAGACACUGGACAACGAGGGAGUUUGAGGAGCUUCAAGCUCACAGAGAGUUCGAGGCCCAGAAGCUGCUGAUGCUGGAGGCUGGAUGUGGAGUCGGUAAUUGUCUUUUCCCUUUGAUGGAAGAGGAUCUCAACAUCUUUAUCUACGCUUGUGACUUUUCUCCUCGAGCUGUACGGUUUGUGAAGGAAAACUCCCUGUACUGUCCAGAGCGAUGUCUGGCAUUUCAGUGCGAUCUGACUAAAGACGACCUCCGUGCCACCAUUUCAGAAAAUAGUCUGGAUGUUGCCACUCUGAUAUUUGUCCUGUCAGCUAUUCACCCUGACAGAAUGCAGCUAGCUGUGGAAAACGUUUAUCGGGUAUUAAAACCCGGAGGAAUCGUCUUGUUCAGGGACUACGGCCUCUAUGAUCAUGCCAUGCUGAGGUUUAAAUCGGGGAGCAAGCUCGGGGAGAAUUUCUACGUGAGACAGGACGGCACUCGUUCCUUUUUCUUCUCCAGAGAAUAUUUGGCCAAUCUGUUUCAGCAGGCAGGGUUUCACAGUCUUGUAAACGAAUACGUUCUGAGAGAAACUGUGAACAAAAAGGAAGGACUGUGUGUUCCACGAGUAUUUCUCCAGAGUAAAUUCCGCAAGCCUGAAUGACUGUUGUUUUCAUUGGUGCUUUGUAGAUAAAUACAUUUAAUUCAGUGAAUAUUAGCCAUAUUUUUAUGCAUUGUAUGAGUCA